AUGACCUAUAAGGUUCCCUCUGGGCCGCAGGGCGCGAAUCUACAGUGCACGUCGGCGCUCAUGCUUACCGAACUUCAUCUCCUGGAAGCAGCACCUCCUUUCUCAGGCACGGUCACACUAGAACUGAACUACUGCCCAGGGCAAGGAGAAGAGGGCAAGGAGAAGAGGGCAAGGAGAAGAGGGCAAGGAGAAGAGGGCAAGGAGAAGAGGGCAAGGAGAAGAGGGCAAGGAGAAGAGGGCAAGGAGAAGAGGGCAAGGAGAAGAGGGCAAGGAGAAGAGGGCAAGGAGAAGAGGGCAAGGAGAAGAGGGCAAGGAGAAGAGGGCAAGGAGAAGAGGGCAAGGAGAAGAGGGCAAGGAGAAGAGGGCAAGGAGAAGAGGGCAAGGAGAAGAGGGCAAGGAGAAGAGGGCAAGGAGAAGAGGGCAAGGAGAAGAGGGCAAGGAGAAGAGGGCAAGGAGAAGAGGGCAAGGAGAAGAGGGCAAGGAGAAGAGGGCAAGGAGAAGAGGGCAAGGAGAAGAGGGCAAGGAGAAGAGGGCAAGGAGAAGAGGGCAAGGAGAAGAGGGCAAGGAGAAGAGGGCAAGGAGAAGAGGGCAAGGAGAAGAGGGCAAGGAGAAGAGGGCAAGGAGAAGAGGGCAAGGAGAAGAGGGCAAGGAGAAGAGGGCAAGGAGAAGAGGGCAAGGAGAAGAGGGCAAGGAGAAGAGGGCAAGGAGAAGAGGGCAAGGAGAAGAGGGCAAGGAGAAGAGGGCAAGGAGAAGAGGGCAAGGAGAAGAGGGCAAGGAGAAGAGGGCAAGGAGAAGAGGGCAAGGAGAAGAGGGCAAGGAGAAGAGGGCAAGGAGAAGAGGGCAAGGAGAAGAGGGCAAGGAGAAGAGGGCAAGGAGAAGAGGGCAAGGAGAAGAGGGCAAGGAGAAGAGGGCAAGGAGAAGAGGGCAAGGAGAAGAGGGCAAGGAGAAGAGGGCAAGGAGAAGAGGGCAAGGAGAAGAGGGCAAGGAGAAGAGGGCAAGGAGAAGAGGGCAAGGAGAAGAGGGCAAGGAGAAGAGGGCAAGGAGAAGAGGGCAAGGAGAAGAGGGCAAGGAGAAGAGGGCAAGGAGAAGAGGGCAAGGAGAAGAGGGCAAGGAGAAGAGGGCAAGGAGAAGAGGGCAAGGAGAAGAGGGCAAGGAGAAGAGGGCAAGGAGAAGAGGGCAAGGAGAAGAGGGCAAGGAGAAGAGGGCAAGGAGAAGAGGGCAAGGAGAAGAGGGCAAGGAGAAGAGGGCAAGGAGAAGAGGGCAAGGAGAAGAGGGCAAGGAGAAGAGGGCAAGGAGAAGAGGGCAAGGAGAAGAGGGCAAGGAGAAGAGGGCAAGGAGAAGAGGGCAAGGAGAAGAGGGCAAGGAGAAGAGGGCAAGGAGAAGAGGGCAAGGAGAAGAGGGCAAGGAGAAGAGGGCAAGGAGAAGAGGGCAAGGAGAAGAGGGCAAGGAGAAGAGGGCAAGGAGAAGAGGGCAAGGAGAAGAGGGCAAGGAGAAGAGGGCAAGGAGAAGAGGGCAAGGAGAAGAGGGCAAGGAGAAGAGGGCAAGGAGAAGAGGGCAAGGAGAAGAGGGCAAGGAGAAGAGGGCAAGGAGAAGAGGGCAAGGAGAAGAGGGCAAGGAGAAGAGGGCAAGGAGAAGAGGGCAAGGAGAAGAGGGCAAGGAGAAGAGGGCAAGGAGAAGAGGGCAAGGAGAACAGGGCAAGGAGAACAGGGCAAGGAGAAGAGGGCAAGGAGAAGAGGGCAAGGAGAAGAGGGCAAGGAGAAGAGGGCAAGGAGAAGAGGGCAAGGAGAAGAGGGCAAGGAGAAGAGGGCAAGGAGAAGAGGGCAAGGAGAAGAGGGCAAGGAGAAGAGGGCAAGGAGAAGAGGGCAAGGAGAAGAGGGCAAGGAGAAGAGGGCAAGGAGAAGAGGGCAAGGAGAAGAGGGCAAGGAGAAGAGGGCAAGGAGAAGAGGGCAAGGAGAAGAGGGCAAGGAGAAGAGGGCAAGGAGAAGAGGGCAAGGAGAAGAGGGCAAGGAGAAGAGGGCAAGGAGAAGAGGGCAAGGAGAAGAGGGCAAGGAGAAGAGGGCAAGGAGAAGAGGGCAAGGAGAAGAGGGCAAGGAGAAGAGGGCAAGGAGAAGAGGGCAAGGAGAAGAGGGCAAGGAGAAGAGGGCAAGGAGAAGAGGGCAAGGAGAAGAGGGCAAGGAGAAGAGGGCAAGGAGAAGAGGGCAAGGAGAAGAGGGCAAGGAGAAGAGGGCAAGGAGAAGAGGGCAAGGAGAAGAGGGCAAGGAGAAGAGGGCAAGGAGAAGAGGGCAAGGAGAAGAGGGCAAGGAGAAGAGGGCAAGGAGAAGAGGGCAAGGAGAAGAGGGCAAGGAGAAGAGGGCAAGGAGAAGAGGGCAAGGAGAAGAGGGCAAGGAGAAGAGGGCAAGGAGAAGAGGGCAAGGAGAAGAGGGCAAGGAGAAGAGGGCAAGGAGAAGAGGGCAAGGAGAAGAGGGCAAGGAGAAGAGGGCAAGGAGAAGAGGGCAAGGAGAACAGGGCAAGGAGAACAGGGCAAGGAGAAGAGGGCAAGGAGAAGAGGGCAAGGAGAAGAGGGCAAGGAGAAGAGGGCAAGGAGAAGAGGGCAAGGAGAAGAGGGCAAGGAGAAGAGGGCAAGGAGAAGAGGGCAAGGAGAAGAGGGCAAGGAGAAGAGGGCAAGGAGAAGAGGGCAAGGAGAAGAGGGCAAGGAGAAGAGGGCAAGGAGAAGAGGGCAAGGAGAAGAGGGCAAGGAGAAGAGGGCAAGGAGAAGAGGGCAAGGAGAAGAGGGCAAGGAGAAGAGGGCAAGGAGAAGAGGGCAAGGAGAAGAGGGCAAGGAGAAGAGGGCAAGGAGAAGAGGGCAAGGAGAAGAGGGCAAGGAGAAGAGGGCAAGGAGAAGAGGGCAAGGAGAAGAGGAUGGCGGAGCGCGUCGGAAGUGUUCCUGUCGCUGUGCCCGAGGCGAAGCGGAAGCCGUACUACGUGCCGUGGCACGAGUACGGAAAGGUAAGUGAUAUGUUGCACACGGUGUCAGGCCACUGCUACCGACAUGACGUGCAAUCUGAGCCGUCCCCGAGAUCCGCGCUCACAUAUGUAGUAUCAAACGUGGCAGCAGGUAAGGUGCAAGAGAGGCAAGGUGGAGGCGAAACAGCCCGACAGCAGCCGCCGCAGCAGCACCGCGAUGUGGUUGAGGCAGAGGGAGGCAAAGAGGAGGAGGAGGUGAGGGAGGCCAAGACCAGCCGCGGCCUGCUGCGGCGGCUGCUGGCCUGCUGCCUCUGCAUUAGGCUGCCACGAGGCCGCAGGUCCAGGAGGACCAGCAGAGUUCAUCCUGAAGAAGCGCCGACACCUGGCAGUCAGGCUAGGGAAGUGAGCCCUGCCAAUAAAAUCCCGGAAUCGUACACGAAGGAGAAGCAAGAGCUGGUGUCGGCGUGGGUGCUGAGGCAUUUUGGGAGCGCCCGGGAGCGCUGCAGGUGGGUGGAAGGGCUGCACGAAGAUGCCGUCAGCGAGGAAGCUGCAGAGGUGACGUAUUGUGAACGUUUCAGCUACGCAAGCAGUGGUGAGUAG